AAAACGGCACUACGGUACAGCCAUAGCCAGAGAUCUCUAGUCUGGUUUCAGGAGUCGUAACGAGCGGACGUAUACUGAAAAUCCACAUAACUAGAUCGCAACUGGCCUGAAAACUUCAUAAUCCUUCUUCUAUAUCCGUGUCUUUUAAGUUUUAUUUAAUUGUAUUAAAAAAUCAGAUGCUUUAAAAAGUAAAAGUUACUUUAUCUUUUUUUUAUAUUUUGAAAUUAGAAUAGGAGUUUACGUAAUUACAAAUAUAUUUUGUUUGUUCUAUUUUUUUUAACGGUGGCGAGUGAAUUUAUAUGUUUAUUUUUAAGGUGAUCAGUUAAAAUAGGUGGACAAAAUGCACAGAAUCAGACUGAACUGUGGACUGACAUUCGAUAUUCAUGUAGUGGUUUUAACGUAAAUUGGACGUUAUGUUCGUACCAUAUAAAGCGAAUAUUGAAUAUCCUGAUGCCUUUUUAUGAUGAUAUGGUGCCGGACGCCGGUAUGAACCUAACGGUGAACGCGUCCGUUAGAAUGAUAAUAGAAGCUUCUAGAGGCAUUCAAGAUCCAAAUGUACUACUAGAGAAAUUCUCACAGAAUAGAAAAGUCGACGACCCGACCAGAGCUCUGCUCCUCACUUUUUAUGGUAUCCUGGUAGUCAUAGGUGCUGUUGGAAAUGCUCUUGUUGUUAUAUCGGUGGUCAGAAAACCGGUGAUGAGAACAGCCAGGAACAUGUUCAUAGUGAACUUGGCGGUCUCUGAUGCACUGGUUUGCUGCGUCGGCACACCCCUGACCCUGAUGGAGCUUCUGACGAAACACUGGCCGUUGCCUGAUUGGCCCAGCUUGUGUAAAGCAUGCGGAGCUAUACAGGCUAUAUCGAUCUUCGUUUCCACUAUAUCUAUUACUGCCAUAGCUUUGGAUAGGUACCAGCUCAUCGUGUACCCAACAAGACCUGGUCUGCAAACGAUGGGAGCACUUAUCUCAAUGUUCUUCAUUUGGUUGACGGCGUUCACAUUAGCCUCACCGCUCUAUAUGUUCCGAAAUCUUAAAACUCACAAAUUAGGUUUAAUAGGGAUGGAUUCCCUGAGUUUCUGCAUAGAAGACUGGCCCAUCAAAAACGGGCGAGCAAUCUAUUCCGUAUUUAGUUUAAUAUUCCAAUAUUUAGUACCAGUUUUAGUAGUUGUAAUGGCCCAUGUCCAAAUUCAUAGAAGACUUCGUGGUAGAAGAAGGACCACGAAGAAAACACCAGCAAUUUUGAUUGCAAUAGCUGCAACAUACGUUAUCAGUUGGUUACCACUGAAUGUUUUCAAUUUAGUAGCAGAUUUUAGUCCAGAACCUUUUAUGGACGAGAAAACAAUGACAAUAACAUAUGCAGUUUGUCACAUGUUCGGAAUGUCGAGUGCGGUGUCCAAUCCUCUUCUGUACGGCUGGCUGAAUGACAACUUCAGGAAGGAAUUCGAAGAGAUUCUAUGCUGCUGUCAAAAGAAAAGCAACAUAAAGAACAACACGAGGAUAAAGAAUAGAAAAAUGGACACAGAAUUGACAGCAUUAGCACAGUUGGAACAAACAGUGACUGCGAACACGAAAACAUCGCAGUGCUCCCAGAUUUUCUGACUAAAAACUUGCUUCAAAUAGCACGAGUCGAAUAGUGUGGAGAUGCACAACUUCUGAACUACUUUCAGUGUCAAUUUGAUCUGUGACUGUUUCUGUUUAGGGUACUUGACUGUUAAAAUUCCUGUGUAAAAAGUUUCUUCACUAAUUUCUUUUGUUAAUGUUAAAGAUGUUGUAUGUUAACUAUAUUUAUUAAUUAUAAUUAAAUUGUUUCUCUUAAUAGAUUUAAUCGAACAUGAACAACGAUAUAGUACUAUACGUUUUCAUGAGCCCGAAACGUGAAGUACUAUAAUAGUAUUUUGUAUAAAGUAAAUUGUAAGUAGUUCUAAACGUAGGCUUUUUUAU